GCAAUUUGGUCAAUUCAGUGCAUCCACUAUAUAUUCCCAUUCACACUUGUGUGUUCUCAGUGUUGUUUCAUCUUCAAAACCCACCCAGAAGCAGAAGCAGAUCUAGGGUUUAGUUCGAAGAAGUUCGCGUCUUCAAAGAGGUAGCAUGGGUGAAUUGAAAGACACUGAGGCUUACGAGGAAGAACUCAUCGAUUAUGAGGAAGAAGAUGAAAAAGCCCCUGAUUCUGCCAAGCCCGCGGCUGAAACAGCCAAAAAGGGUUAUGUUGGUAUACAUAGUUCGGGAUUUCGCGACUUCCUGUUGAAACCAGAGCUUCUUCGAGCUAUUGUAGAUUCUGGAUUUGAGCAUCCUUCAGAAGUGCAACAUGAAUGCAUCCCUCAAGCAAUUUUAGGAAUGGAUGUUAUCUGCCAAGCAAAAUCUGGGAUGGGAAAGACUGCUGUGUUUGUUCUGUCAUCACUUCAGCAAAUUGAUCCUGUUCCUGGUCAAGUUGCGGCCCUUGUUCUUUGCCACACGAGGGAACUAGCUUAUCAGAUUUGCCAUGAAUUUGAGAGGUUCAGCACAUAUCUUCCUGAUAUAAAAGUUGCUGUUUUCUAUGGAGGUGUCAAUAUCAAGGUUCACAAAGAAUUGCUCAAGAAUGAAUGUCCCCAUAUUGUUGUUGGAACACCUGGGAGGAUUCUUGCUCUGACUAGAGACAAGGACCUUGGUUUGAAGAAUGUGAGGCAUUUUAUACUUGAUGAGUGCGACAAGAUGCUUGAAUCACUUGAUAUGAGAAGAGAUGUGCAAGAGAUUUUCAAAUUGACUCCCCAUGAUAAACAAGUGAUGAUGUUUUCAGCUACACUCAGCAAAGAGAUACGACCUGUUUGCAAGAAGUUUAUGCAAGAUCCCAUGGAAAUAUAUGUUGAUGAUGAGGCCAAGUUGACCCUCCAUGGUCUUGUUCAGCACUAUAUCAAAUUGCAAGAUUCAGAGAAGAAUCGUAAGUUGAAUGAUCUUCUUGAUGCUCUUGACUUCAACCAAGUUGUUAUUUUUGUCAAGAGUGUAAGCAGAGCAGCAGAAUUGAACAAGUUGCUUGUGGAGUGUAAUUUCCCGUCAAUCUGCAUACAUUCUGGAAUGUCACAGGAAGAAAGGUUGAAACGAUACAAAGGUUUCAAAGAGGGGAAGCAAAGGAUUCUUGUGGCAACAGAUUUAGUAGGAAGGGGGAUUGAUAUAGAACGUGUUAAUAUAGUCAUAAACUAUGACAUGCCUGAUUCUGCUGAUACUUAUCUACACAGGGUUGGAAGAGCUGGCAGAUUUGGGACCAAGGGGCUUGCAAUUACUUUUGUGUCUUCUUCCGGUGAUUCUGAAGUUCUUAAUCAGGUGCAAUCUCGGUUUGAGGUUGAUAUAAAGGAGCUUCCUGAACAAAUUGACACUGCCACAUAUAUGCCAAACUGAUGAAAUUUGGAGAAAACUAGGAGGCAGAAUGCGAAUGGAAGGAUCUAUUUGCGACUGGAGAUGGAUCAGUUAACAUGUCAUCAAUUUGAGUGUUGACAUAGAAUGUUUUAAUACAAGAUAGGCCAAUUUGAAUUACAAGCAUGGUAGGCCAAUUUGAAUGACUUUUUGUAGACUAAGAGAUGUAUCAGUUGUUCUAUACCUUUUAUAUUCCUGCAUCUGCUUUUUGUUUAGAAAUGCAAAAUUGAGUCUGCGUA